GCGUACUGAUUUUUAACCGCGUAGCGUCGGGAUCAUACUAGCGACCUAGGAAAGAAGGAUUUAAUUCAAUUAAUUUGUUUUUCGGUGAACUCACAUGGAGAUGUUUGCCACCGAUUGACUAUCCGGACAGAGAUGAGGUAGUUUGCUGUGUAUUUGCCUUUUUUUUCGCUUUUGUUGCGUUUUCAUUUUGUUGGUGGGGACCUUCUGGCUUCAACUCAGGAACUCUCCAUUGACAUUCCUAGUUCUGGCAGCUGUCUUGUUUUUCUGCCGCAUGUGUAGAAAAUGGCAACUGCACUUAGUGGUCGCAAUCCGGGUGGACGCGCACCUAACCAACGGAAAGGCCGGAUUUUAGGCAUCAUCGACGCUAUUCAUGAUGCUGUGGGACCGCCGAAACAAGCUGCAGCUGAUCGCCGUACGGUGGAGAAGACUUGGAAACUAAUGGACAAAGUGGUGAGGCUGUGUCAGAACCCAAGAUUACAGCUGAAGAACAGUCCUCCUUACAUCUUGGAUAUCUUACCUGACACGUAUCAGCACUUACGGCUUAUACUGUGCAAGUAUGAGGAAAAUCAAAGACUCACACAGCUCAGUGAAAAUGACUAUUUUAAGAUCUACAUUGACAGCCUCAUGAAGAAAUCCAAACGGGCGAUCCGCCUAUUUAAGGAGGGCAAGGAGAGGAUGUACGAGGAGCAGUCUCAAGACAGGCGAAACCUCACCAAGCUCUCCCUGAUCUUCAGUCACAUGCUGGCUGAGAUCAAAGCCAUUUUUCCGGGCGGCCAGUUCCAAGGCGACACCUUCCGUAUUACCAAGGCCGACGCCGCCGAGUUCUGGAGAAGGUUUUUUGGGGAAAAGACGAUAGUGCCAUGGAAAGUGUUCCGUCAGUGCCUUCACGAAGUCCAUCCCAUAAGCUCUGGUCUGGAGGCCAUGGCUCUGAAAUCCACCAUUGACCUGACCUGCAAUGACUACAUCUCAGUCUUCGAGUUUGACAUCUUCACCAGACUCUUUCAGCCGUGGGGCUCCAUCCUGAGGAAUUGGAACUUCCUGGCCGUCACUCACCCGGGUUACAUGGCUUUCCUGACUUAUGAUGAAGUCAAGGCCCGUCUGCAGAAAUACAUCAACAAGCCCGGCAGCUACAUCUUCAGACUGAGCUGCACACGCCUGGGCCAGUGGGCCAUCGGAUACGUCACCAACGACGGGAACAUCCUCCAGACAAUCCCCCACAACAAGCCCCUGUUCCAGGCGCUCAUCGACGGCUGCAGGGAGGGCUUUUACCUGUUCCCUGACGGACGCAGCUACAACCCUGAUCUGACAGGCCUGUGUGAACCCACUCCUCAUGACCACAUUAAAGUCACACAGGAGCAGUAUGAACUGUAUUGUGAAAUGGGCUCGACGUUUCAGUUGUGUAAGAUCUGCGCUGAAAACGACAAAGAUGUGAAGAUAGAACCAUGUGGACAUCUCAUGUGCACUUCCUGUCUUACAGCGUGGCAGGAGUCCGACGGCCAGGGUUGUCCUUUCUGUCGCUGUGAGAUCAAGGGCACGGAGCCCAUCAUAGUGGAUCCCUUUGACCCACGCAACGAAGGGGCCAAGUGCUUCUUCCUGGAGCAGUUCAACUCGCCCAUGUUGGACUUGGAUGAUGACGACGACCGCGAGGAGGCCCUGGUCAUGAAUGGUUUGGCGUCCAUUAGGAAGUGCACUGAAAGACAGAACUCCCCAGUGAUGUCACCAAACUCCUCCCCUGUGACGCAGCGCUGGAAGCCGCCGCCCGAUCACGCGGGCCUCCAGCACCUGAGUCUGCCCCCAGUGCCCCCGCGGCUAGACCUCAUCCACAAGGGCGUCCGCUCGCCCUCCGCAAGUCCCACGGGGUCGCCAAAGUCCUCUCCUGGGAUGGCCAGGAAACAAGACAAGCCUCUGCCCGCACCUCCGCCUCCACAGAGAGACCCUCCGCCUCCCCCGCCCCCGGAGCGACCUCCUCCCAUUCCUCCGGACGGCCGCGCCAGCUGGCUCGCCCACCCCUCGUCCGGCCUGCCCAGGGACCCGCAGGUCCCCCAGGAGGUCCUGUGCCCGAAAGACAACCCGCUCCAAGACUGCCGCAUCGGGGCGGACCGGUCUCCGAAACUCGGCCACUCCGCGCCGACCCACUUUAACGGCCGGAUGCUGAGCGGCACCCCGGUGGACCCGGGGCCUCACUGGCCCCCUCAAAGACUGGACCCCACCUCAGACACCUCAAAGCCUUUCUCCAACGGUCUCCUGCUCAGCGAGGAGUACGAUGUGCCUCCUCUUCGCCACUCCCCUCCCCCACCCGCCCUCACCAGCAGCCAGAAGUACUCCAGCCCUCUGAGUAACCCGUGUCCAGAGAGGCCACGUUUAUUGACGGAUCGCGUGGAGGACGAGUAUCAGAUCCCUUCAUCGCACCCGAUCUGUCUGACCCAGCCGCCUGUCUGCAUCUCCGUCCGCAUCCCAAACAGGGGUUUGGAGAAUGGUUCCUCAGAGUCCUCUAUAGAGGGAAAGAAGCACAAACUUCCUGAGCACAGUGAUCUUUUUGACUCGGGCUUGUUGAUAUCGGGAGUGGCACGGUCCAUACACUGUCCACUCCACAACAGGACACCCUCAGACUACGACAUUCUGCUGCCACCGCAAGCCUCCCCGGCCGAGGACCCCUUUAACAUGCCCCCGCCGUCCCAGCCCCCUCCCCCUCCUCCAAUAAGACACAGUUUUCCAGAGCUCUCCUCCUCUCCAUCCUGUCCCCGCCCGGCGCGACCCAGCUCUGGACACGACCACUUCCUGCUCAACCCCGAUGCCUUCCUGGAUGCUUUGAGUGGAUCAGCACCCUUGCCCCCUGUUAGGAGACAGACUGGAGACAACAUGAAGCCUCCGGUCAGAACGUCCCAGGAGUACGAUCAGCUGCCCCCCACAUCAGUGGCUGGAGACUGUUUGCAGGCUCCGGCGAGGCCGCCAAAACCCUUGCCCAGAAAAACUCCCCCAGACAUCCAACAAAGGAAGGUCCACGGCCAGGACUCGGCCCAGGAGAACUUGGACGCCAAAAUCGCCAAGCUCAUGGGCGAAGGUUACUCUUUCGAGGACGUGAAAAGAGCGCUGAUGAUCGCUCAGAACAAAGUGGACGUGGCGCGGGACAUUUUACGAGAGUUUGCUCUGGUCGCCCCCAGACUGAACCUGUAGCCAAAAACACAAACGUGAAAAAAAAGACUGGUGAGGUUGGA